AUGCGCAGGGACGUACGGAUAUUGCUCGUCGGGGACGAGGGCGUUGGAAAGAGCACUAUAGUGACGUCGCUCAUCAAGGAGUCGUUUGUUGCGCAAGUUCAGCACAUAGUUCCCGAGGUUACGAUCCCACCGGAGGUCACCCCAGAGAAUGUAACUACGUACAUUGUCGAUUCCGGCGUUGGCCCCCAGGAUAAGCAACAUCUCGAGACGGAGAUACGCAAGGCUCAUGUCAUCUGUGUCGUCUAUUCUAUCGACAACCCAAACUCAUUCGACCGCAUCCCGACAUACUGGCUUCCAUAUUUCCGUCAACUAGGAGUGAAUAUCCCAGUCAUUCUCGUCGGUAACAAGAUAGACUUGCGUGGAGGUGAGGUGACGAAUGAAGCUUUGGAAGCAGAAAUCAUACCUAUCAUGAAUGAAUUCAAGGAAGUUGAGACAUGUGUAGAAUGCUCUGCCAAAAUGCCUCUGAAUGUAUCAGAGGUCUUCUAUUUCGCCCAAAAAGCCGUCCUUCAUCCUACUGCUCCUCUAUAUGACUCUCGAGAUCAUGUCCUGAAACCUGCUUGCGUGGAUGCGCUUAGACGAAUUUUCAAGCUUUGUGAUGCAAACAAAGAUGGAUUACUUGACGCCGCAGAGCUGAAUGAAUUCCAGCGUAAAUGUUUUGACGCUCCACUACAGCUGCAGGAGCUAGAAGGAAUCAAGGAGAUGGUUCGAGAGCAUGCCGAAAAUGGAGUACGAGACGAUGGUUUGACAGAAGCUGGCUUCUUGUAUCUGCACACCAUAUUCAUUCAACGGGGUCGCUUGGAAACCACCUGGACAGUACUACGAAAAUUCGGAUAUGCGGAAGAUUUGCGGCUAAUGGAAAGCUUUCUUUUCCCAAAAUUCGAGGUACCGCCAGACUGUUCUGUCGAAUUGAGUCCGUUAGGGUACCAAUUCUUCACUGAUAUCUUUGAGACCUUCGACAAGGAUCAAGAUGGCGCUUUGAAGAGAUCGGAACUGGACGACCUGUUUAGCACGUCACCCGAGAAUCCUUGGGCUCGCCAAAAUUUCCCGGACACGACCAUCGCGGACGGCACUGGUGCCGUAACGUUGCAAGGCUGGCUUGCGCAAUGGAGUAUGACGACCUUGCUCGACCACAAAACCACACUAGCAUACCUAGCAUACCUGGGAUACCCAGAUGAACCAAGGACAGAUGCGCUGCUGAUCACUCGGCCCCGUAAGCAUGACCGCAAGAAGGGCAAGUUAACAAGAAAUGUGUUCCUGUGCUACGUAUGUGGCGCUGCGGGUUCUGGCAAAACGUCACUGCUUCGCGCCUUCGCCGGGAAGCCAUUUCAGGAGAUAUACGAGCCCACGAAAAAGAUGUUCAGCGUGGUAAACUCGGUCGACAUUGACGGCUCCGAGAAAUACCUAGUUUUGCAGGAAUUUGGGUCCAAGUACGAGGCGGAGACGCUUCGGAACUCCAAGAAAACGGACCUGGCUGAUGUCAUCGUGUAUGUUCAUGAUUCGAGCGACACAAAUUCAUUUUCGUAUAUCAGCAAUCUACGGCAACAAUAUAGCCUAGAUCAUAUACCCACGCUAUUUGUUGCUACGAAGUCGGAUCUUGACCUCGCACAGCAGAGACAUGAGGUUCAACCUGAUGUAUACUGCCGGCGUCUCAGCCUGCAAGUCCCAGUGGCUGUUAGCGUAAAGACCGGUCAAAUCGCAGACGUAUUCCACGCGGUCUGCAGCAUUGCGAUCCAUCCAAACUCUUCUAUACCAGGAGGCGCCGAUCGUGCGUUGUCAUCAGCAGCACGAUUGCGGACUUACGUUCUGGUGUCGGCGUUGGUUGGAGGUUUGUCGUUUGGGCUGGCAUUUACUUACCGAACAUUGUUGAGGCCGGGAGGACCACUUGGGGGAUGGGCAGGGCAUUUUCUGGGUUGGAUCGGAGGCUCACGGUGAGACCUAUGAUAUAGGAUUUGAGGUAGAUGCUGUAGUCGUUCGCCCUGUGUAGUGACCGUAUUUAAUACUAAUGUC